CCCACCCCCCCCCCCCCCCCCCCCCCCCCCCCCCCCCCCCCCCCCCCCCCCCCCCCCCCCCCCCCCCCCCCCCCCCCCCCCCCCCCCCCCCCCCCCCCCCCCCCCCCCCCCCCCCCCCCCCCCCCCCCCCCCCCCCCCCCCCCCCCCCCCCCCCCCCCCCCCCCCCCCCCCCCCCCCCCCCCCCCCCCCCCCCCCCCCCCCCCCCCCCCCCCCCCCCCCCCCCCCCCCCCCCCCCCCCCCCCCCCCCCCCCCCCCCCCCCCCCCCACCCCCCCCCCCCCCCCCCCCCCCCCCCCCCCCCCCCCCCCCCCCCCCCCCCCCCCCCCCCCCCCCCCCCCCCCCCCCCCCCCCCCCCCCCCCCACCCCCCCCCCCCCCCACCCCCCCCCCCCCCCCCCCCCCCCCCCCCCCCCCCCCCCCCCCCCCCCCCACCCCCCCCCCCCCCCCCCCCCCCCACCCCCCCCCCCCCCCCCCCCCCCCCCCCCCCCCCCCCCCCCCCCCCCCCCCCCCCCCCCCCCCCCCCCCCCCCCCCCCCCCCCCCCCCCCCCCCACCCCCCCCCCCCCCCCCCCCCCCCCCCCCCCCCCCCCCCCCCCCCCCCCCCCCCCCCCCCCCCCCCCCCCCCCCCCCCCCCCCCCCCCCCCCCCCCCCCCACCCCCCCCCCCACCCCCCCCCCCCCCCCCCCCCCCCCCCCCCCCCCCCCCCCCCCCCCCCCCCCCCCCCCCCCCCCCCCCCCCCCCCCCCCCCACCCCCCCCCCCCCCCCCCCCCCCCCCCCCCCCCCCCCCCCCCCCCCCCCCCCCCCCCCCCCCCCCCCCCCCCCCCCCCCCCCCCCCCCCCCCCCCCCCCCCCCCCCCCCCCCCCCCCCCCCCCCCCCCCCCCCCCCCCCCCCCCCCCCCCCCCCCCACCCCCCCCCCCCCCCCCCCCCCCCCCCCCCCCCCCCCCCCCCCCCCCCCCCCCCCCCCCCCCCCCCCCCCCCCCCCCCCCCCCCCCCCCCCCCCCCCCCCCCCCCCCCCCCCCCCCCCCCCCACCCCCCCCCCCCCCCCCCCCCCCCCCCCCCCCCCCCCCCCCCCCCCCCCCCCCCCCCCCCCCCCCCCCCACCCCCCCCCCCCCCCCCCCCCCCCCCCCCCCCCCCCCCCCCCCCCCCCCCCCCCCCCCCCCACCCCCCCCCCCCCCCCCCCCCCCCCCCCACCCCCCCCCCCCCCCCCCCCCCCCCCCCCCCCCCCCCCCCCCCCCCCCCCCCCCCCCCCCCCCCCCCCCCCCCCCCCCCCCCCCCCCCCCCCCCCCCCCCCCCCCCCCCCCCCCCCCCCACCCCCCCCCCCCCCCCCCCCCCCCCCCCCCCCCCCCCCCCCCCCCCCCCCCCCCCCCCCCCCCCCCCCCCCACCCCCCCCCCCCCCCCCCCCCCCCCCCCCCCCCCCCCCCCCCCCCCCCCCCCCCCCCCCCCCCCCCCCCCCCCCCCCCCCCCCCCACCCCCCCCCCCCCCCCCCCCCCCCCCCCCCCCCCCCCCCCCCCCCCCCCCCCCCCCCCCCCCCCCCCCCCCCCCCCCCCCCCCCCCCCCCCCCCCCCCCCCCCCCCCCCCCCCCCCCCCCCCCCCCCCCCCCCCCCCCCCCCCCCCCCCCCCCCCCCCCCCCCCCCCCCCCACCCCCCCCCCCCCCCCCCCCCCCCAGGACACGCCGGUGUCUGGCUGCUCCCUGCGAUUCCCCGAACACGACUGCCACGACUGA